AUGGCAACUGUCAGCUGCGAGCGAAGCCUGGAUGAACUCGAGCGGCGUAUCGACAACAACGUCAGCAUCCGAAAGCGCCAAUUUACCGAAGUCAGAACCAGUUUGGGUCGCAUGUUCUAUUGGUCGUUGCCAGCCCGCCAAGCAUUUAUCGCCUAUAUGGUUCAAGCCGGUUGGACAGUACGAGCCUGCGAGACUGAAGCGGACCCUACUGUUGCUCUCGAUUGCCAGCCAGGCGGUGUAGUAGUAUCGGCCGACAGCGACAUGCUAGCCUACUCCUCGAUCUGCACCUUGUGGCGCCCAUCUCGCAAGGUCUGCUCCUGGUAUACAAGCUCGCGGACGUUCGUCGGGGCCUUGGACCCCAAGUCUAUUGUAUCUGCUUAUCUGACGAACCGUCAAGUCCUCUCCAAGAAUACUGUUAACCAAACCUUUGAACUCGCUUUGCGAGUCUUCGUGGACCUGGAACAGACCCCUAUCGACUAUGAUGUCUCUGCAAUCUGCCUCGCCUAUAAUGAACUCUGCAAGAGAUUCACGGAUCUUUGCACCCGGCACGAAAUUUUCAAGAAACGUUGUCAGACAGUUGACCAGAAGAACGCUCCCAAGGAUCAGAUUCAGUAUGUGCUGAAGCACUACAAGGAACCUUCUGAGACUCUCACCAGCCCCACCUCCACUGAAGAGUCCAAGUCGAAGGCAGUUAGAGCUUCUGUCUCGAACUCUAAACCGCCGGCAAAAAUGGACAAAAAGGGUCUUGUAUACUCUCUCAGCUGGUAUCAUCCUAUAUCGGCGUUGAGUGUUGGUACUUUGCGUAAAAACGUCGAACGCGUACUGCUGAACUUGAUGAACACCACCCCCAAGGUUGCUCUACCCACCGAUCUUGAUGGUCUCCAGCAAGAAGUCGUCGAUUGUAUCGAAGAGGCUACUCGACUGGCCGCCGGGGUGAAGCGGGAGGGGCAGCAGUUGAUUGGACAGUUUGUGGAGACGUUGCGUGAUCGCAUGACUGCGGCGGAGCAACACAAAAGGACCGAGUUGGCGGAGGGGAUGGAGCCGCGCGCAAUGACGGAGCAAGAACGGCUAAAGGCACGGAGGGAGGCUAUCACGGAAUCCGAGCGAACGAUUCUCAGCUACCUUUGCGAACCAGCCAAGGCCAAGGACGCCGAUGACGACCAAGAUGACGUGGAUGGUGACAAGAACGUGGAUGCGGACAGUCUUGACAUCGAUGGACAAGAAAGCGAUCAGAAGCAGCUUCUUUGGUCGUUCCUUACUUACCUCUAUUCGGGAAAUCGUCCAGUGGAGGAGACCAAGAGCAUCGUCACCUCUGUCAAUAUGCUCAUUGAGUCCUCGCGCGUUCUCGGAUUUCAUGAGACUUCGAGGAGGUCCGGCGAUAGGGUCAUCAUGCCAUUCACUCCAAACUCUCUUGUGCGGUCGGCUGCAGGACAGUUGGCAGUCGAGCUAAAGCUCAUGUAUGGGCAUGGAACUCAUGCUCUCUUUGAGAAAGGCUUCGAAAGCGGUCGUUUGGGAGAGGCUAUUGACAUCAGGAUCCAGGAGGACCUCUCAGCAGUCGAGAACUUUUUGUUCCUUAAUGACUUGACCAACAGUGGCUGCUGGGAACGAGGCUCGCUCAAGGCUAAGCUCAUUCAAUUGGCUGAUUCGGAUGGAUCGACGAUCUCCUCCACCACUGAUCUUGAGGCCUGGCUGGGAAGCAUACACCCUGGCUUUCUUAUCAAGCACUUCAUCUGCGACGUCGCUCCGCAAGGUCUAACGAGUCGUCAACGGGGAAAGGUUGGACAUCGUGCUGCUGUGAAGUUGGUCACUCUGCCUCAGAUCAGGACACACUUGGGGACCGUCAAGAACGAAUGGCUCGAUCCCGUCACCUAUGCUGAGAAGGGGUACAUCUUGCGGGGCUCAGUAAGGACUGGCGGCUUUCGAGUCCAGCUACUUGCCUUUAAGCUUCGAGAGCUACAGGAUGUUCGUUACCGUCGACUGGACGAGGAUCGUUUGUCGGCGGUCUAUCAGCCGUCCUUCAAGUUUAGGAGGUGGCUCGAGAGCGAAAAAAAGGCUACACAGGAGGGAGAACAGGAAACAAUCGAGGACAUUGAGACCCGUCUGCCCCCUCUCGAAGGCCAGGGUGCGAGUGUCGUCGACUAUGUUGCAGAACUGAAGGAAGUCGAAAAUCGGUUGUUAGAGUUCUAUGGAGGCCGUGAUCAGCAGUACAAGCGCCACAAGUGGGACAUGGAGCGAGCCCGUCACUACGAGUACCAGCUGAUCGCUGACCGUCUUCUCGGAAUUGUCGGUGGAAGCAUUGGACGUCCUCGAGAUCCUUCCAACGCUGUACUCAUUGGGGCGAGAUCCCUUGGUUAUAUUGUUGUAGGCCAGAAUGAGUACUAUACCUCAAAAAAGUGUCCCCACUGCGGUCUUUUUGUGGCACAAGUCACUCUCCGUCGGCUUUUUUGUCCACAUUGCCACGUCUACCAUCACCGGGACGUCAUGGCGGCCGAGAACAUGGCAAACAUCAUCCAAGGGUAUCUUAUCGAUCAAGAACGUCCCGAGUACUUGCAACCGGUCGCCUCCGAUGGCUCCCUUCCCUGGAAGAAGGCUCAAGCACUUGUCGGAUUCGCUCCUUGUCCCAUCGAAGCGACAACCAGCGGCGGCAGCACCACCACCACCAGUCAAACGCCAGGACGGCAAAAGAGGGCCGCCUCUGCCUCCUCCUCCUCAGGCCGCGGAAAGGCAGCUCGACUCUAG